CCUAUAUUUUCGGGGUCUGAACGCUUUGACCCUACCCAGUUCUCGAAUCUAUUUUUGCCUGGAGGGAUGCAUAUCUUUCAGGAGGCUGGCUUUGUAAAUAUUCCAAAGUGGGGGGCAAGCAAAGAUGUCAGCGCAGGGACUGCUGAAAUGGAAAAGUGUGAUUUCCCAAGCGUUGGCCAACAAAGACAUUCUCAUCUGAUCAUCAUACGGAGCCAAUCAUUUUAGUGGCGCUGUGGUAACUUUGCCUUUUACAGUAGGUGACCUUUUCCCCACCAAUUGAAAAUUUUAAGCCCGGGCAUGGUCAUAAAACCCAUUGCCUUUCUCUUCUUGUCCACACUCAAACACCAUGUCUAUCACAACGCUAAAGCACCAACAUCAAGGAUCAGGAAGAAAGCUCACAAACGCUUUCUCAAAGCUCAAUCUCACACGACGCACAUCAUCUACGCAGAUGGAACAACAGCCGGCGUCACCCACUUCAUCUAUUAGCUCACAACCAUCAGUAGCCUCCACAGAACCAGCCAGUCCUAAAAGACGAGUGUCAUUUGCAGACGCACCUCCAAAAGUGCAUUACUUUGAUAGGGCAGAUCAUGAGGAAGAAUGCUUCAUAUUCGAUGCCAGACUGGAAGAUGAGAAGAAUUGUCCAUGGAAGUAUUACCUUAAGGAAGAGAAGAAGGGUUUUAAAGGAACCCUCAAAGCCAUGCUCGGCAUGAAUAGCAAGAAAUGCAUUAACGAGAGCGAUGAAGAAUGGGAAGAAUAUCAACCUUCGAAUGUUUGGCGACACGAUGCAACCACUGUUUUUAUGUUUUGAUCGACCCAUGGCUCCGAUCUCAGUCUGACUGGAACAAAGCUUUUUUGC